AUGUUAAAACAAAUGGUACCCUCUUUAGUAACACCGCUCACUAAACUAGUCAACGAGUCAUUUGAGAUUUCUGUUUGUUCAGAUCGCUGGAAGAAUGGUGUGAUAAAUCCGUUAUAUAAGAGUGGUGAUUCUUUAGAUCCAUCAAAUUAUCGUCCUAUCACCUUAUUGCCAGCGUUAUCGAAAAUUCCAGAAAGAUUAGUCCACAGGCAGUUAUAUAAUCAUCUUGUUAAAAAUAAACUUUUAUGGCCGUUUCAAUCUGGUUUCGUAGCAAAAGAUAGCACGACUAAUUUAUUAUUGGAUGUUGUAAACAAAAUAAAACUUGGUAUAACUGCUAAUAAGUUUGUUCGCGCUGCAUUGUUAGACUUUAAAAAAGCCUUUGAUAACGUUAAUCAUGAAUGUUUACUGUUGAAACUUUACAAAAAAGGUGUAAGGGGUAAAGCUUUAAAGUGGAUAGAAGAUUAUCUGAAAGAUCGUACUAUUCAGACUAUGCUUGACGGUAAAAUGUCUCAGAAACGGCUGGUCACAAAAGGAGUGCCACAAGGAUCAAUCCUUGGUCCUUUAUUGUUCUUGGUUUAUAUAGACGAUCUACCAAGCAACAUAGAAAGUACUGUGAGAUUAUUUGCAGACGAUGUAAUUUUAAUAAAUCAUGAGGAUGAUCCUCUAAAUUGUGCGCUAAAGUUAAAUAGAUAUUUAGUUAGAAUACAAGAGUGGUCAGAGAAAUGGCAUAUUCCUUUAAAUCAGGCUAAGUGUGAAGCAAUAACUUUUAGUUCGCGUUAUUAUAGUAAGAAAGCAUCAACCUUACCAAGCACAUCAACAGAUUUGAUGAUUAGCUAG